AGAGUUGUUUCAAAAGCUUUUCCGGCAAGAUUUAUUGGUUGCUAGUUUAUUCCGUAAUUUUCUUCUGGCAGAAAGAAUCAUGAGAUCCUAUAACUGCAUGCCCAUGUCAUGUCCACAGCUACCUCCUACAUACCAGCAUCCCAUGUGGUAAGUGUGGUUGUUCUGGGGGGGGGGGGUAAGAGGUUGAAAUUUGCAGUAUUCCUGUGAAUGACUUAUAUCCCAACUGGAUACUAAGAAAAUUUCAAACUUUAGGAAAAUGUUAAGCACCUCUGACAGUCUACUGAUAUACUGAAAUUUGGUUUGGGAUACUAGUAAAACUGUGAAUGACUUAUAUCCCAACUGGAUACUAAGAAAAUUUGAAACAUUAGGGAAAUGUUAAGCACCUCUGACAGUCUCCUGAUAGCUUUUGAAUACUAUGAGUUUGCCACCCAAACCUUUCCUCAUAUUAUUAUGCGCAUUUUUGUGUAUUAAUGAAUUAUCUAGUUGUUGACUGUUGAAUCUCAUUGUAAUUUGUAACAGUGAGAGUUAUUGGAUGGGACAGGGUAUAAUACCUAUGGUAACCAGUAUCCAGAAGUAGGAUACUGUACUCUCAGGGGGGAUAUCCGUUGUAUAGCGCUAUCCACCGAUUCAAUCGAUUUUAUGAAAGCUGAUUACCUUAUCCUUAGGUUAACGUAAAAUUCAAAGCAAACUUAUAAUAGUUUUGUUUGUGGAAACACCACGUAAAUUUAUUACUGCAAAGCUUUCGAUCCGUAAUCCCGGAUCUUCAUCAGUGCUAAUAAUAUAUAAUAAUAUGUAAUAAGCUUUGCAAUAAUAAAUUUACGUGGUGUUUCCACAAACAAAACUAUUAUAUGUUUUAUCGCCAUGCAAACUUACAAAGAACUUAUUACAGACCUCAAAGCAAACUUCCUGACAGCUUGUUUAUAAAUAAUAUUUCAGGCAUGCCUGGGACUUGGCUGUAGACACGUGUUUAUCUCAGCUCCACGAUGUUGUUAAGAGUGGAAAGAUAUUUCAGGUAACACUGUUUUCAAAUCUCAUAAAUUGUUGAGAAAGUACCCUGACCAUGUAAAGUUUAGUUGACAUGUUGAUUUGUCCAUCUUCCAACAGAACAGUUUGUUUUUCUCGCAACAACUAACGGCAUUUCAAGUGUGGCUAGCCAUGGGUAGGAAGGAACGAAGCCCACCAGAGCAACUGCCCAUUGUGCUUCAGGUACUGUAAUUGUAUGUUAGCCCAAGAUGAAAACUCAAUAGUAAUAAAAAUAAAUAAUAAUAUCAUUGCACAUAAUUUUGUAGGUUCUUCUCAGUCAAGUUCAUAGACUUCGAGCUUUGGACCUUCUUGGAAGAUUUUUGGACCUUGGUCCUUGGGCUGUUCAUUUAGUAAGUAAUAAAUUAUUUAGCAUAAAUAACGUUAAAAAAUGAUUGAAGUAAAUUGUGCAUAUAGUUAAUUAACAUGAAUUACGCACAGGGCUGAUUAUUAGCAUAAAGUGAAAGUUUAUUAGCUAAAUCACGCAAUACAUAAAUAAUUAGCAUAAAGUAUUGUCUGUUAUUUUUUUCAGGCUCUUUCUGUUGGUAUAUUUCCAUACGUUUUAAAACUUUUACAAAGCUCUGCAAGAGAGUUACGUCCGUUACUGGUUUUUAUCUGGGCCAAAAUUCUUGCUGUAGACAAUGUAAGAUAUAUUUGUGAACUUUGAUGCAUGCUUGUUUGCGAAUGGGUUGGUUUCAGUUACAAGGUAGCCUGAGUAUCAGGCUUUAUUUUUUCCUUCCGUCCACCUGCAUUUAAGGAAGGGAAAAUAUGGCCUGAAAGUCGGAGUGAAAGAAUCUUUAGAAGUGUUAAUUUUGAAUGCGCAAACAAAUUAAGCUACUACACACGUAAAAAUCUCACAACUUGUCAGCAAGAUGUGUUCGCAACAACCUUGUAGCAAGCUUGUCAACCAGUUGUAACAAUGCUGUUAUUUUAUCAAGUUGCUACAAGAUUGUCACUCACAACUUGUUGACAAAUUGUUGAACUGCAGGACGAUAAAAAAAUGUUGGAACAGCUUGUAACAAGUCUGUUGAGCUCAACAACCUUGUAGCAAGUUGUUAACAAGCCGUUGACAACUUGUCAACAAGCUGGGAACAAGCAGUGCUAACACAUCCUGUUGACAAGUUGUUGGAACAGCAUUGCUACAAGUCUGCUGCAGGUUUGUUACAACUUGUGCGUUUUUAUGUGUGUACCCCUCUCAUUCAUAUUUGCCACCAAAUACAAGACACUACAUGUCAUGAGAAUAUUUAAUUUAUUUUUUCACGUUCGUUCAUUCCUGUAUCGCUGUGUGGAUAAUGAUUUUUGUUUUAUUUCUAGUCGUGUCAAGCAGAUUUAGUCAAAGACAAUGGCCAUCGUUAUUUUUUGUCAGUUUUAGCUGAUCCUUACAUGCCGGUAAGACUUGAGUGGGAAAAUGGUUUUGUCUUCCAGCUGCUUAAUUCAACAUUUCUUUGGGCCAAUGCUUUUUUCUUUUUGCUAUUUUUACCUCCGAGAUUGGAUUCCUACAAUAUGCUGUUAUGGGAAGAGGUUAUUUCGCUUGUCUCAGAGUUACAAAACGUAACAAAGCAACGGUUUUACUAAAACUAACUCUAUUCCAAACACCAACUCUAAUUCUAACCUAACCUAACCUAACCUGCUCCAAUUUUGUUUCUAAACCUACUUUACAUACACUUACAGAUUUAUUUAGCCACGCUAGCCAUACACAACAUAGUUGCAAAAUACAAUCUGUUGAUUUUCAGAUGGGGCGUGUUAUACUUACAAACUAUCUUAACUCACAUCCUAAGUCUCUGAUAUAGUGGAUAUACUGCGUUUAAAUUGGUAAAGCGAAGAUGCCUCUUUCGCCUCAGAAGGAAGACUAUUCCACACAGCAUUGCACCACUAUACUUAAAACGUCGUUUAAGAUUGUUUGUUUUAGGUUUUGGAGGUGCUAGAUCAGUAUCAUUACUUCGAAGAUUAUAUUCUCUAUUAAGAUCUUUAAUUUUUUAUAAUUUUUUCUCUAAGACUUUGACAAGAAAAGUUUUCAUAAAUUGUCACUCUGAGGUCAGCGCGAACUAACUUUUCCCGCUGUUGCGCGACUAUAACUUCCCUUCAGUCGUGCAGUUUGAUUCUAACAAACAGCGCAUGUUUUCUCUGUUUGAUGUAUUCCCUUAAGUUUGACACAGAUCUUUCACUGAAGUCCCUACCUACACCACUCAAUUUUAAGCACUAAUUUUCGCUCUGUAGUCAUUCCUGUACUAUCUAUUUUUUUUAGCCUGAACACAGGACAAUGGCUGCUUUUAUAUUGGCAACAAUAGUUAAAGAUUAUCUUGACGGGCAGGUAUUUAAAGCUGGUUUCCUUUUUUUUUUUUGGGGGGGGGGGCAAGUUUAAUUCUAAAAUACUGUCCCAUUCUUGUGGUCUAUAAUCGGUGAACUCCAUACAGGGUCUUAGCUAGGAUUUUAGAUCUUGGGCGUAUUUCUAAUGACCAGGGUGUGCACAUGUCAAUUACCUUGAAUAGCCAAAUUCGCGGUUCUAGUUAUGCUCGCCAACAACGGACAAUGCCUGUGGUUGUUCUAUGCUUUGCAACCAAAUACAAGGCGAGCAUACGCUCAUAUUGCGCACUUGCAUUAGAAUAUUAAGUUAUUUCAGCAACCCGUGGGGGUAUUUAAACCAUUUUAACACCAUACAGUUCCCACUAUCCAUUAAAACAUUGCCAAUUUCAACAACAGCAGUUAGUAUAGAUUUUACAAACUUUCUUACGACGUAAAUUGGACGAAAUUCUGUCUGUUGUAAGUAGCACCACCUUAUUGUAUGAACCAACGCGUCCUUAUAUAAAUAAUGAAGCCGCUUUCAUUUUAUCUAGCCGUGUUUUUCCACUUUUGGCCGCAAUAACACGGCCAACACGACCCUCUAGCUAAGACCCUGACUCCAUGUCUUUUAUCAAUGUGGUAAAUAGAUUGAGUUCACUGGGUGUAAUUACUAAUUAAUGUCAUUCAUCUUUCUUCAGGAGGCAUGUCUACAAGGCAACCUGAUCGCAAUAUGUCUGGAACAGCUCAGCGAUCCACAUCCAUUGUUACGCCAAUGGCUUGCCCUUUGUCUUGCAAGAACGUGGACGAAAUACAGUCGUGCUAAGUGGUGUGGUGUUAGAGACUCGGCUCACGAGAAACUCCAAACUUUGAGCAAUGAUCCUCUUCCUGAGGUACCGUAUAUAUUUAAUACUCAAAUGUGGUCAACCUUUUUAUAAUAGAGGAGACAAGAUACAACAGUAAUUUCAUCAAUUAUGAAUUUGUAAUAAAUUCGAAAUACUCUCUUGAAUCUUGUCUCCUUGUUUUCCUCGCAUACGUUAUUCCAUGAAGCCAUGCAACAACUUGUCAACAAGAUGUCUCCUCAACAGGCUUGUAGCAAGCUUGUUAACAAAUUGUGACAAUGCUGUUCCAACAACUUGUCAACAUGAUGUGUUUGCAAUAGGUUUGUAGCAAGCUUGUUAACAAGUUGUGACAAUGCUGUUCCAACAACUUGUCAACAAGACGCCUCCUCAAACAUGCUUGUAGCAAGCUUGUUAACAAGUUGUGACAAUGCUGUUCCAACAACUUGUCAACAAGAUGUCUCCUCAACAAUCUUGUAGCAAGCUUGUUAACAAGUUGUGACAAUGCUGUUCUAACAACUUGUCAACAAGAUGUCUCCUUAACAGGCUUGUGACAAUGCUGUUUGUAGCAAGCUUGUUAACAAGUUGUGACAAUGCUGUUCCAACAACUUGUCAACAAGACGCCUCCUCAAACAUGCUUGUAGCAAGCUUGUUAACAAAUUGUGACAAUGCUGUUCCAACAACUUGUCAAUAAGAUGUCUCCUCAACAGGCUUUUAGCAAGCUUGUUAACAAGUUGUGACAAUGCUGUUCCAACAACUUGUCAACAAGACGCCUCCUCAAAUAUGCUUGUAGCAAGCUUGUUAACAAGUUGUGACAAUGCUGUUCCAACAACUUGUCAAUAAGAUGUCUCCUCAACAGGCUUGUAGCAAGCUUGUUAACAAGUGGUGACAAUGUUGUUCUAACAACUUGUUAACAAGAUGUCUCCUCAACAGGCUUGUAGCAAGCUUGUUAACAAGUUGUGACAAUGCUGUUCCUGUGUUCCAACAAUUUGUCAACAAGAUUUCUCCUCAACAGGCUGGUAGCAAACUUGUUAACAAGUUGUGACAAUGCUGUUCCAACAACUUGUCAAUAAGAUGACUCCUCAACAGGCUUGUAGCAAGCUUGUUAACAAGUUGUGACAAUGCUGUUCCAACAACUUGUCAACAAGAUGUCUCCGCAACAGGCAAAUUCACAAUGCCCAAUUCGCUGACUUGGUUAAACUUAUUCUAACAAAAUUUUCUUCAAUGUCAGGUUCGUGCUGCAGCUGUGUUUGCAUUGGGUCAGUUUGUUGGCAAUACAGCAGAGAGAACAGACUUGGCGAACCAGGUUGAUUUUGGUGUGUGUAUGAUGCUUACAAACUUGGCUUAUGAUGGCAGUCCUAUUGUUAGAGGGGUAAGAAAUUUUAUGAGACUCUACCUCCACUAUUGCUACCUCUCACUAGUUCUGUGUGCAUGUGAUUGGUUAGUCGGACAGAUUGAACGCAUUUGAUUGGUUAAAGGGCAAUGGCAACAAAAAUUGUAUUGUCUCAUAUGAAAUUUUUGACCCAAAUGUGGUAGCAAUUUCCGCACGCAAUACAAAUGUAUACAAAAUUUGCGAACUUUGCAAGGCUAUAUUUUUCGCAUUUUACAACAUUUCGCAACCAAGCUUUGCAAUUGUACUCAUUUUAGCAUGCUCUUUUCGGGAAUAUACUUUUUUGCCAAGAUAAAAAAUUGGUCUAUAAUGGGAAUUAUCUAUUGUAUGUACUAUCUUAGUUGCAAUAAUAUAUUGCAAGACACAACUGAGUUACAAAAUCAUUCUUUUGCAGGAAGUUGUGAGGGCACUGUAUGGUUUGGUAUCGCAAUUUGAAAGCAACUUUGGUGUGGUCGCCUUACAGUUCCUCGAAGAAGAAGAUCGCAUCCGUGAUACUCAACCUCAACCCGCCAUGACGUCAACCGGAUGGAUUGUUCUCACGCCUGGGAUACCUGUGCCUCCAAACUUGGCGCUCGUUUCUCCCCAAACAUCGAAAACAAAACGAAUGAAGUCACGUGGUUCUGUUCCGAAUCUUACUUCAUUAGCUGGGCCGCAGACGUCUGUUACUCCACGUAAGAAAUAAUUUAGUGGUUGUGAUUAAUUUUUCUCAAAUAUGAAGGCCUUGUGUAGGUUAUUAAUUACCUGAAAAAGAUAUCUCAAACGUUGUGGUUCACUGUAGGUUGUUUUUUUCUGCAAUAAGCUGUCGUAAUUUGUGUCUGAACUACCUGAAAAAUAUAUCUCAGACUUGGUGGUCCAGUGUAGGUGAUAUUCUACAAUAAGCUGUCGUGGUUUGUGUCUGAACUACCUGAAAAAGACAUCUCAAACGUGGUGGUCCAGUGUAGGUAGUAUUCUUCAAUAAGCUGUCGUAAUUUGUAUCUGAACUACCUGAAAAAGACAUCUCAAACGUGGUGGUCCAGUGUAGGGUGAUAUUCUACAAUAAGCUGUCGUGGUUUGUGUCUGAACUGCCUGAAAAAGAUAUCUCAAACGUGGUGGUCCAGUGUAGGUAGUAUUCUACAAUAAGCUGUCGUGGUUUGUGUCUGAACUACCUGAAAAAGAUAUCUCAAACGUGGUGGUCCAGUCUAGGUAGUAUUCUACAAUAAGCUGUCGUGGUUUGUGUCUGAACUACCUGAAAAAGAUAUCUCAAACGUGGUGGUCCAGUGUAGGUAAUCUACACUAAGCUAUCGUGUGAUUUGUAUCUGAACUACCUGAAUUUGAACGUGUUUCAGUGCAGGUAGCAUUUACAAUAAUGUGAAACACACAUACAUUAAGCACUAUGCCACAAUACAUCCCGUUGAUUUUCUUCUAUUUAGAGGUGGCAACAUCGCCAGUCCUCGGCAGUAGUGUUGGAAACAGUGGUCCUGAUUCAGCCCAACAUGGUCCACUGAGACGAGUGGUAUCGCAUGCUCCAUUCACGUCGCCACAAUCCAAUGUUUACUCUGCUGUAUGGAGGGUAGGUUAUCUACGUUCAAGUCUAUUAUUUAUAAUAAUAAUGUUAUUAUAAUAAUCAGGCCUGCAAAUUAGUGCCGGUCAUCGGACAUUGUCCGGUCAAAUUUUUCCUUUUGUCCGAUCAAAGCUUUUUAUGACCGGUCAUGUGACCAAUUUAGGCUGAUCAAAUGUCCAAUAUCAGCAAAAAAUAUUUUUGACACAUUUUUGCUAAUGAAAUCAAAGAUUGAUAAACAUCACUUUCCAAUCAUUUCUUCCUGUAGUAAGCCGUAAGAUUUAAUUACUAAUAUAAAUCGCCUUCGUAUAACAUGGUAUAGAAGUAUAACCUAAACCCUAAUUUACUGAUACAUUAGGACUGGUAGAUAUUAUAUUUCGGUGUAGAUGCAAUAUUGUAGUGCAGACUAACAUGACCAGCGGAAAUACAUCGUUCUCAAAAAGAUAUGAAAAUUUCACUUUGUCCAUUGUCCGAGAAAAGCUGACCAAUUUUUGCCUUGGUCGAACAUUUGUCCUUUUCAAACAAAAGAAUUAUCUGCAGGUCUGAUAAUGGUUUAUUACAUGCACGAAAUAGCUAGUAAGUUAAUUCACAGUGCUGUUUACAACAAGUUAUAUAGAAUUUAGCUGGGACCGGUUGUCCAAAGUCGGUUAGUUUUUUACUCUCGGUUAACGUGAAAUUCAAAGCAUGCUUCGCAAAGCAACGCAAAGCAAAGCACGGUCGUUUAUAAAUUUUUUUCAGAAAUCUUUUUUCAGAAAUCUUUUUUCAGAAAUCUUUUUUCAGAAAUCUUGUCUGGAUAACCAGAAGUUUAAUUUUCUAAAGUUUUGAUAUACACAAACGUACCUGCAGAUAUAUACAUAAACCAAAGCAAUGAGCUUAAGCAGCGCUCUUGGGAUUUUUUCUUAAGGCCAUGUUACACGGUGCAAUUUUUCUUGCAACUUGCAAUAAAAUUCUACUCUUGAGAGAUGUUAAUUAGUGAAAUCAGUGAAGAAUUUUCGAUAUGUUGAGAAAACAUCAGCGCAGCGGAGUGUAAUGAAGACUCGUAUUUGGCAAUUUUACAUCUCUUACAUGUAAGAGUAGAAUUGCAUUGCAAGUCGCAAGAAAAAUUGCACCGUGUAACAUGGCCUUUAGGUUCAAUUGUUUGUACAAGCAAAAAUAUUUCCUCGUUUCACUGAGGUGUUGUAUAAAAAUAUUUCUAGAUUCUUCUUAUUCUCUCAUCGGAUCCAGCCCCUUCGGUCGCUAACCUCGCUAAGAAAAUUGUGAAUACUAUCACAUUGAAGGUAAGCCCCGUUCUAAAUUUUAAGGUAUUUGUAACAAAACGAACAGCUAAUUUCAAGAGUUAAGCUUGAUACGAAAAAUCUGGAAGAACAUUUAUAGAUAAUUUUAAACGGUCUUUCAAAUGAGACAAUAAAAAAAUUUGUUGCCAUUGUCCUCCGAAUAAUAACGUCUAACUCAAGAUACGAACUUCCGGUAUUGAAAACAACGCAUAAAAUUCAAAGUAAUAUUUUGACUUUAUUUCAAAGUCAUGGGACAAACUGUUCAUUAUCGGAGCAUGUUUUCUUUUUAAUAUUUUUCGAAACUGUCUGCUGAUAAAUUAACGAUUUCACACGCAAACCACGGUCGUUUACUACAGAAUUCUAGCAAUACCACUUCAACACUGCACAUCCAGUUGUGAGAUAUCAGUCUUCACAGACGUUCACUUCUAUUUGUAGGCCUCUGUCAACCGCCGUCCACGUCGUUCUAGUUCAUCAGCCGCGGAAUCUCCGUCGUCUCAAAGUGCAUUCCACACAAAGUCUGAGUAAGUUUCAAGCAAUAACUAUCAAAAUGAACUGUUAGUAAUAGCACCCAUGCAUUUCUUUGAAAGACAAAACUUAUCAUAUAUAUAUACAAAGUAUGCAUGUGUUUUCCAACCAAUCCGAACCGGAGUGCCUGUUUUUCAGUGGUAAAGACGAGUUAUCAAUUUCUACUUCGUCGUUUGGAGACAAGAAAGGGGGGAUGAGGGAUGUUUUAAGGGGAGAUUUUUUUAUGUUACGUAACACGCGCUCAAAACUAAUGCUUAUAAUAUACCACUUGAGUUAUGACUAAAUUCAAAAUUUUUAUUUUUCAAUACGUUUCUCAAUCGGCAAACAGACUUAAAAAGUAUGUUUAGUUCUUUAUCUGUAAAACAAUGCUAAAAUGAAGAGAUUUUAGAUGAUACGCCAAAGAGAAAAUGAUGUCUGAAGUUCAGUAAGUUUUGCUUAUAUGGCUGUAAAUAGGGUAGCCUCGCUACUCGGAAGAGUGAUUUACAUUGGCCCGAUAUGACAAUUGCUUUUGUGUUCAUAACAAUGAAUUGCUUCGUUCUUUAGAAAACCCCCAUCCAAUUGGCGACAACCUUCCGAGGCACUGCGAGGCUUCUCUGUAAAUAUGGCGUCAAUUUUAAAGCAUCAUUGAUAAUUGUAUUUUAAUUGACAAUUUUUAACUAUUAUUUUAUGUUUCUCAACCGGCAGAUGCAUUUAAAAGGGUUGCUAACUCUAUAAACUAGAGAAUAAAGCACAAACAAAGUAAUUUUGAGAGGAACGCCAAAAAGAUAUUAGGUUUUGAACACUUGUCAUUGCAAAUACGUGACAUUGAAAAAAAUUGACUCUUAAAACUUUUAAGUUUUUUUUUAAGUCAAAUUACAGCCUGGACUGAAAACAGCCCGGACUGAAUAUUUACCCAUGCAAAAUUCCUACUGUGAUCACAGAAACUUUGAUAGUGUAAACUGGGCUUUACAAUUGUUUACAUUUUCCUAGAUCCACUGCUGUCAACCCCAUGCAAGAUCUCUCAAAUUUACUCGGGGUUAAAAGUCCAGAAAAACCACCUCCCACCACCCCCUCACAAAAGCCUGCGGGUGCCACUGGUUUCACACACUUCCCACAUUCCUAUGCAUUUGGAGCAAAAAGAAGAAUGUUUGAUAAAGGGCCAGACGUAAGUCAAACUAGAAACCACAGAGCAUAGGUCAGCAUAAGUCCAGGCUAUUCCUAUGGUUGCUUGCCUGUAGUCUCUCCUUUGUGAUUGACCAAAAUUUUUAGAUUUUUCAAAACCUGUUUUUAUCAGUCGAAAGUAGAUGUUUUGGUGUAAGAAAUGGUUUUGGACAGUUUUCAGAAAGUUUGGAGUAGGUUGAGGCAUUUUUUGAAUUUUUAAAACAAUUUGCUGUGCUCUCCCCUUUGCUAACCCUAUGGUUGCCUGUGGCCCCAUUUUGCAUUUGACCAAAAUUGUGAAAUUUUUCAAAACAUAUUUUUAUCUGUCGAAAAUAAUUGUUUUGCUGAAAGAAAUGGUUUUCGACAAUUUUCAGAAAGUUUGGACUAGGUUGAGGCAUGUUUUGAAUUAGGUUGCAGGUAAUAACGAAGGGCCAAUAUAUAUUGCAUGGGAUUCAUGUUUUCAAACAGCCGUAAAAAUAACUAUACAUAUUUUUUUUAAUAACAUAAUAUAACAAUAUAUACAAUAUAUGAACAUAAUAAACUUCUUAUGCUAACUAACUCCAAAUAAUAUGAUCAAGUUCUCUUGACUGUCAGAAACAGCCAUCAAAAAUAUAAAGUUAGUUUUAGUUAGGUACUAGCUAACAUUUCCUGCUGUAUAGUAACAGUAGACCGAUAAGGAAUUGCCCCUUACUGGAACGCUAGGGAGAACGUAUUCACAGAAUAUAGAACAAGAAUAAUUCGUUUUCUUUCACCCAAGUUACCAGAAAGUGAGUCAGACGAAUCUGAAGAGGAAGGAAGUCAUCCACCAGCUGCUUUUGUUGAAACGAAAUUUUGUGAUUGGUGUUGUAGUUAUUUUGCUCAGUCAGUUACCAAGGUAAAAUACCAUAUUUUAUACCAUAAUUAUCAUUUCAUGUCAUGCCAUACAAUUCCAUACCACACCUACUAUACCAAAUUGUACCAUGCAAUACAUUACCGUACGAAAUUAAUAAUACCAUGCCACACAAUACAAUACCAUAUUUGCCAUAAAAUACAACACCAUGCAACCCUCGAAAUUCGCCUCGGCACUCGGCAAUUGCCGACGCAAAUGCCGAGGCAAGUUACGAUUUUUCAUAGUUUGCCUCGGCAAAAAAAUGCCGAGGCAAUUCCAACCGUUGUACCUUAAAUUAUUUAAUAUACAAACUACAGCGUCUGUUCAUUUUUUUACUUAAAUUUACAAACUACAGUGUUCGUUUUUUGUAUCACUUCUUUGUUCGAAUUGUUGUCAUCGACGUCGGCUGAACAACAGAAGAUUUCAUUCAUAAAAAAACUACUUUACAAAAUAUUCAAAAUUUGAGCUUUUCAGCGUCUGCUUCGGCUGAAAUAAAGAAUAAUCUUGAAUACUUGAUGGUUUAAAGACGGCACGUCGAGAAACUUUGUUUUAUCUUUUGGAUUGUCGCGUGAUUACCGUCAAGUUUAUUCUUUCAUAAAAACAUUUUGAAUCAGGAAUUUAUAAAAUAACAACAAAUUGUAAAACGUCAGAAUCUAUGCUCGUUAUAAUAUUUGUUCACAAUAAUUUCCGUAUGUACUUUACUUUAAUUACAACUGCCGACGUGAAUGCCGAAGGGUGCCGAAGUAAUUGCCGAAGGAAUUUAAGGUGAUUUCAUUGCGUGCCUCGGCAAAAAAAAUGCCGAGGCAUUGCCGAGGCAAACUCGAAAAUUAUCGAAAGACCUCGGCAAUUAUUUGCCGAGGCAGAAAUAGUUGAAUUUCGAGGGUUGCCAUGUUUGCCAUACCUUACCGUAAGAACGCACAAGUUGUUGCAGAUCAGCAAGCAAGUUGUUACAAAUCUGUUCACAAGCUGUCGACAAGUUGUGUUCGCACUGCUUGUUCCCAGUUGUUGUAACAAGUUUGGAACAAGCUGUUAACAACUUGUAACAAGCUUGAUGGCAUUAUCGUGCUUGUUCUAACAAGUCUGAUACGGACAAGGUUGUAACAAUAUUGUUAUAUCAUUAUCAUGACUAUAUCAGACAUGUUGGAACAACCUUGCAACAAGUUUGAUAAUGCCAUCAAGCUUGUUCCAAACUUGUUGACAACUUGGGACAAGCAGUGCGAACACAACUUGUUGACGGCUUGUUGGCACACUUGCUACAAGAUGUGAAAUUUUUGCGUGUAUACCAUACCAUUUGACAGCAUACUAUUGCGUAGUAUCUCACAAUACUAUAUUACUAUACCGUAAUAUAUCAUACCAUACGAUACAUUACCAUACCAAAUUGUACCAUGCCACAUUAUGCCAUACCAUACCAUACCAUACGUAAUAUUAUACACCAUGAGCCGAAGGCGAGAGGUUGUGUGACUGAUUAACUAAUUAAUUAACCAGUUGUUUAAUUAAUAUGUUUCAGCCCCCUGAUGAGCACGAUCCAUUCAGCGAGGUGCACCUUGAACGUGAGAACAGAUUCACAAGAAAUGCUCGAGUCAGAUUUGAAGCCGAAAAACAACAGAAGGGUAAGCAAUGCUCACAAUACCAAUUUGUAUUUUCUCAUUAAAGUUUGAUUUAUAGGAUAAGGGAUUUAGAUUACAGCAACUGUUAUAGCAUAUUAAAACAGCAUUAAUAUUAAAGGAAUACCGAAUGGGUUUCCGUGCAGGAUUGCGUGAUCCAUGCACGAGGGAUGUCGCGAGACUUUCGGAAAGCGUAAAAAUACUCGAGCCGCAAGCGGGUGUAUUUUUACGCUUUCCGAAAGUCGAGCAACAUCCCAAGUGCAUGGAUCACGCAAUCCUGCUUGGAAAACCAUUUGGUAAUUGUUUUAUAAAAUAACUACAGUGAAACAAUGACAUUUUGAAAAUCCCGCGAAAAUCCCGCGAAGGCGUUUCAAUUCCUCGUGCAGGAUAGCCUGAUCCUGCACGGCUAUUGACCAAUCAAAUUGCGUGUUUCACUGUAGUUGUUAUAUAAUGCGUUUUCGUGGUCACCAGGCUUGCCUUUCAAGCUGGGAGACCCGGGUUCAAUCCUUGGUCGGACCCAUAGAUAUCUUAUAUACACUAGAUAGCGCAUCUCUUUUAGUAAAAUUGAAGCCAAGAAUAUUCCAGCGGUUACCCCCAUUUGAAUAGAUGGCGGCCAUGUUGGUCGUUCCCACUUGCUAAUAAACGCUUAAAAACAACAAUAACUUUUAUCAUUUGAAUAUUUUAAAAAUGAAUUUGGAAUAGGGUUAACUUAAUGUUUAAGUUCCCUGUUUAAGAAAUAGGAAACAUACGAAUCUUCUAAUUUCAUGGGAACGACCUGAGACUGCAAUCACGGCUUCAAUUUUUGAAUUGCAGAAUAAUUAGAUGCACUAUCUAGUGUAUAUAAGAUAUCUAUGGUCGGACCUCUACUCAAGGUCUUAAGGUUACAGAACACCUUUGAGUGUUAAUUUUGCCUAAAAUUUUUUUAUUGGUUUCCAUGAAAGCAUUAGACUAGUUCUACUAUCUGACCAAGUUUGAACGAAAAAUGUUGAAAACUCGCAGAGUUAUUUAAUAAAAUACAUUUCGCUGCAAUAAGAAAAACAUUGAAAAUGUAAUAUUCAAAUUCAAUUUUCUCCCGAAGAAUUUUACGGCAAUUACUGAUUUUCAAACGAGUUGUGCUCCUGCGGGUUUUAACGAAUUUCUCUCAAAUUUUCACAGGACAUAGCUAAAGACGUCAGUUUCAAAAUUGUGUUCGGCUUUGUUCUAAUUUUGGAUAUUUUAAUAAUAAAGAGCAAUUCACUCAAACAAUUCAGAAAUAUAUUGCAGUCGUCAAAGAAAUCGCCAUAUCAGCGGAAUGACGAAAUAAACAAAAAUUUCCGAACACAAUUUUUUAGAACAACUAUUUUACUCUUUAAAAAUGAUAUUUUCAUAAAUGUAACUUAAAACCGGCAGGAGCACAACUCAAAAGCGUAACGGUACCGCGAUUUAAGAUUUUCCUGAAUAAUUCUUACAUUAUUUUAUUGUUUGUUAAUUUUACAACUUUACCAUAUUUUACAUGCACUGGCGAACAUUUGGUGAAAAUUUGAUGAAAAUCGGACUGAUAUUGAGCGCGCAGCAGCGAUUUUCCGCAAAACGCCAAAAAGGGUGUCCUGUAACCUUAAAAUAAUUGAAGAGAAAGGGCUACGCUUUACUUUGACAUCAGUAAAUGGUAAGACUUUCACGUCUUCUCGGGUGAAGAUGUUAAAUCGUAGGUACCUCGGACCACCCCUAUCAAUAAAAUUGAGACACUCAAAUAAACUUUUAUAUGUUUAUUUUAGACUUCAAUCGUCUUGAUGAUCAAAUAUUUAUCAACAAAAAUCCCUCACCUCCCGGUGUACUCCGAUUUAAUCCUUACGAACCCCACCUAGCUGUCGCCGAUAAAUCUGGAGUAAAGUAAGUGAAUGCAAUUCCCUUACAGCUUAAAGGCCUGUUUAAACGGAUCCAACAUUGUUGGACCAACAUCAUCCAACAAUGUUACUAUAAUAGAUAUGACUGCUUCUCUUUCAAAUCUUUUUGGUUAGAUAAGCUUUACUCAAACUCUAAACCUAGUCUUGGCAAAAAAAAUUAUUUCAUGGGCCAUUAUUUCAACAAUGUUGGAUGAUGUUGGUCCAACAAUGUUGGAUGCGUUUAAACAGGGCUUAAAGGGCGAUUAGGAUUGGUGUGAUGGUGUCACAGUGGUGUCACACCAGGAAUUCGCUAGCCUGCCCCUGGCCUGCCCAGGCUUGCCCAAUUUUAGGAACCGCCUGCCAUGCAGGCUAGGAAUUCGCGGGCUCAAACUCCUGCUGGCGCCUGGCCACAGAAUAAAGAUCAGUACCAGAAGGGCCACUCAGCAGUGCAACGUGUCACCAUUUUUCUAUGCAAAAACAUGCAGUUGACUGGCCAGAAGGCGGGGCCUUCAGCCAAUACAGCGCGUUUAUUGGCCAGAAAAUGUAAUCGACUGGCUAGCAAGAUGGCGGCCAAGGUGGCAGAAACUUCAAAGCUUCCGACGUAAGUGGCCCUUCUGUGUGCCUUAUUCUGUGUGCCCCAUUUUUCUGGACGAAUAGACUAGAUGAUCUGGAAAGUGUUUACAAUCCGUCAUAUAUUUAAACCAUCCUUUUAUAAUCCUUGCUCUUUUUGUCUGAUUUUUAUCAGAAAUGUAUCAAACAAGGUAUUUUUAUCGCUAUUUGUUGUAUUUGAGUAAAAUGUAAACAAUAACAAAAGCCCGCAAUGCACAACCCUGACACUAAUUCUUUAAAUCUGGUUGAACGAUUUAACACAACUUGUUGACAGGCUUGUUAGCAGACUUGUUACAAGAUGUGAGAUUUUCACACGUGUAAAACUGUUUGUAUCACGAGUUGGAGACUCGAAGUGUAUCAUUAAGUUGGUAUUCUUGUCGUUUUUCUUUGCAGUAUUUGGAAUUUUGAUAAUGGUACACGCCUCAAUCAUUUUGAGAAUGGAAAUCCAAAGCCAACUCGAAUAACAGCCAUGGAACUUCUUAACUCGCACGAUCUGCCUUUGUUACUUACUGGCUCAAGUACGUGCAACAUUUAUUUUAAAAUUUAUUCAAAUUUGUCAAUAUAUGUCAGGGGAGGGCUACAACCAAGCGCCCUCUUCAAAAUUUUUGAAAGCCUUUAAGUGAUAACAGAAUAAUGCAUCAGUCAAUUCCAGCUGCGACCAUCCCCCCCCCCCCCUCUGGGACAGUGUGGGGCAUUUGUACGCUUACUUGUCCCCACGGCCGGGCAUUUGCAGCUGCGUGUUCAUCCGGGGGCCGGGCAUUUGUCAAUAUCGGGUUAUUACCCCCGGGCAUUUGUCGCUCGCAGAGAAAAGACCGCGGCCACGAGUUCCUUUGUUGUAUGCCAAAAUGGACGACUAUUAAAUAUGUUAAACAAAUUUUAUAUUAUAUUGUUGAAUGUUGGUUUUCAAGUGUGAAUCAAUGUUUAAGAUUUUCCUUCAGUCCAUAUUAUAUAUAUUGUAUUUACAAUGAAAAACUUUCUGCAAUCAAAGCGAGUGUGUCAGAGCCUUUCAUCGAUGUUUUCAUCUGAAAUGAACAUGAUAGUUUUCCUUGUUUGUUUUUUUGUAAAUUCCCAAAAGAACAAUUAACAGAGGUAUAAAUACAAAUUGUUAAAACACAUGUAAUUAACUUAGUACAUUCUUUGAAAUUGACUAAUUUGUCGUCCCGGGGGUGGGGCAUUUUUUUUGUUUUUCGUCCCAAGGGUGGGGCAUUGUUCCUUUUUUUUGGCCCUACCCCCGGGCAUUUGCACGAAAAAAAUGAAAAUUUACCAUGCCCGGGGGUUGUCCGGGGGGGGGGGGAUGGUCGCAGCUGGAAUUGACUGAUGCAUAACUGUGGAACAGGAGGUCGUUAUAUAUUGUCUGCCAACUACAUUACACCCUACAGUGCCUAUGACUUGAUUUAACAUGAAAAUAUUUUUAUUAUUUACACUGUUUUGGUUUUUAUAAUACAUCAGUGUCUUUCCACUAUAGAUGAUGGCGGUGUCCGUAUUUGGAGAAACUAUACUCAAGGUGAACCUGAACUCGUCACAGCUUGGCAAGCACUCUCCAGUCUGCUGCCUUUUAAACGAGGCAAUGGAUCAGGUUUAGUUGUGAAUUGGGAACCGCAGACCGGUUGGCUCAUGGCGUCAGGAGAUGUUAGACAUAUCCGUGUCUGGGACACUCAGAGAGAAAUCAAAUUACAGGUACAUUAUGCUUAGACUGUGAGCGGUCCCUCCUUUCUGAGGGUUUAGAUUUCCGGGCACAAGAAAAGAAAGGAGGGACUGCAGACAACACAGUAAGAAGCGAAAUCCCUGUUGCCCACACAACGGAAAAUUCCCAAUAGUCGAAAUCGAUAUGCCUGUCAAUCAAAUCUGAUAUGUAAUAAUUAUGCUAUAAAUAAUUUCCAGAGUGAAUGUUGAUUUUAUACAGAGUGUGUCAAAAUAAAAGUAAUCGAACGUCAGCGCGCUAUUGUAUCUGAAUUACUGCAUAUGAACGAGAUUUUUUCAUCUUCAGAAAGACCAGGCUUUUAGCUGUUGAAUGAUAUGUUCUUCAUGCCAAAUGGAUAAAAAAUAAGCAAGUACGAGUCUGAUAAAAAAUGCUAGUCAGAUCGCAUAUUUUCACCGUUGUAAUAUGCGAUUCUGACUAACAUUUUUUAUCGGACUCAUACUUGCUUAUUUUUUCUCCAUUUGGCAUGAAAACAUGUCAUUCAACAACUAAAAGCCUCAUCUUUUCGAAUAUGAAAAAAAGUUCAUAUGCUGAGUAAUUCACGUACAAUAGCGCGCUGAAGUUCGAUUACCUUUUUUUAUAUACCCUGUAAAUAAACAUGACAUUGUUGGUUUCCUAUUGGAUAGAUUUAAUUCGAUAUAGUAAUGUUUAUGCAAAGGCGGAGCCAAUUUCACAAGAGUGAAAAGUGGGCAUAUUUUGUUUCUUACUGUGUUGUCUGCGGUCCCUCAUUUCUUCGAGGGACCACUCACAGUCAACAUUAUGCUUGGUUUGAUCCAGUUCUAGGACUUGAUCAAACUUCAUCCAGUACUAGGACUUGAUCAAACUUCAUCCAGUACUAGGACUUGAUCAAACUUCAUCCAGUACUAGGACUUGAUCAAACUUCAUCCAGUACUAGGACUUGAUCAAACUUCAUCCAGUACUAGGACUUGAUCAAACUUCAUCCAGUACUAGGACUUGAUCAAACUUCAUCCAGUCGUAGGACUUGAUCAAACUUUAUCCAGUCCUAGGACUUGAUCAAACUUCAUUCAGUCCUAGGACUUGAUCAAACUUCAUCCAGUACUAGGACUUGAUCAAACUUCAUUCAGUCCUAGGACUUGAUCAAACUUCAUCCAGUACUAGGACUUGAUCAAACUUCAUCCAGUCGUAGGACUUGAUCAAACUUUAUCCAGUCCUAGGACUUGAUCAAACUUCAUUCAGUCCUAGGACUUGAUCAAACUUCAUCCAGUACUAGGACUUGAUCAAACUUCAUUCAGUCCUAGGACUUGAUCAAACUUCAUCCAGUACUAGGACUUGAUCAAACUUCAUCCAGUCCUAGGACUUGAUCAAACUUCAUCCAGUACUAGGACUUGAUCAAACUUCAUUCAGUCCUAGGACUUGAUCAAACUUCAUCCAGUCCUAGGACUUGAUCAAACUUCAUCCAGUCCUAGGACUUGAUCAAACUUCAUCCAGUCCUAGGACUUGAUCAAACUUCAUCCAGUCGUAGGACUUGAUCAAACUUCAUCCAGUCGUAGGACUUGAUCAAACUUCAUCCAGUACUAGGACUUGAUCAAACUUCAUCCAGUCGUAGGACUUGAUCAAACUUCAUCCAGUCGUAGGACUUGAUCAAACUUCAUCCAGUCAUAGGACUUGAUCAAACUUCAUCCAGUACUAGGACUUGAUCAAACUUCAUCCAGUCGUAGGACUUGAUCAAACUUCAUCCAGUACUAGGACUUGAUCAAACUUCAUCCAGUACUAGGACUUGAUCAAACUUUAUCCUGUCCUAGGACUUGAUCAAACUUCAUCCAGUCCUAGGACUUGAUCAAACUUCAUCCAGUACUAGGACUUGAUCAAACUUCAUCCAGUACUAGGACUUGAUCAAACUUCAUCCAGUCGUAGGACUUGAUCAAACUUCAUCUAGUCUGAAGACUUGAUCAAAACUUCAUCCAGUCCUAGGAGUUCAUCAAAAAUUUACCCAGUCCCACAAAUAAAGAUUAUACUUGACUAGGUUUUAUAAUCAUCAUGUGAUCAGUACAAAGUAAUAUGAUUGGGUAAUAUUCCCAUGACUUCUUAAUGAGUGUAAGAUAACUAUGAAAUAUAGAAAACCUGCAUUACGUAAUCUUGUUCAUAUAUUUCAGGACAUUCCAACAGGAGCAGAAAGCUGUGUGACCAGUCUUGUGUCUGACUAUGUUGGUCGUUCUCUGCUGGUCGUAGGCUGUGGUGAUGGUUCUGUUCGACUGUUUGACAGAAGAUUACCACCAAACGACAGCCGAGUGAUGACCAUGCGAGAACAUCAGAGUUGGGUUGUCAAUGUCGUGUUGGAGAGAAGUACUUCAGAGAGUAUUAUUUCGGCAAGGUGAGCGCCUGUAUAUUUACUUUUUUGUGGGUAACAAAAAAUAGUUUGCAGUUAGCUCUAUGAACAGCCAGAACAGGUUUGGGAUCGCGAGCUGCGAUGGGGAACCGGCCCCCAGGGUUAACUGUUUGACCAACUGGGCCUACUUUUGAAUUGUAAUAUAUCUUUAUAAUAGAAUCCUAGAAUUGUAAUAUAUCUUUGUAGUAAAAAGCAUCAUCUUGAUUAACUUUUUCAUGAAUAUGAUGUCAUUAGGUGAAUUUUGUGUGCAAAAAACAAUUGGAAACUAGUUUGCAAUUCACCUAAUGACAUCAUAUCUGGAAACUUUGACAGUGAAAAGUUGAUCAAGAUGGGAUUUUUUAUUAUAAAAAUAUAUUACAUUUCUUCGUAUUGGAGUUGACUGACCAAGCAACCGACCAGCUCAGUGGCCGGCUAGCUGCCCGCUCGACUGACGUACUGGCUGACAAAUGUUAUAAAAAUAUUCUUAUCUUCCUAGUGUGGAUGGUAUGGUGAAAUUCUGGGAUCCACGUUUUAGUGAUUCUGUUCGUAAUCUGGAGACAGUGAUCAAUCAAAUGACUUCGUUUGAGGUCCACAGCGCUGCCAAAGUCAUAGCAAGGUAUAAGAAUCGUUUUAAGCUAGGCGUGUAAAAAAAAAUACCUGUGGUUCACUGGUUCCGGUUCCCGACCGACCCUAUUUUUUUCUGCCGACCGUAUUAUUUUUUCCAACGCGAUUGACCAUGCGACCCUAUUUUCUCCAGGUGGUUGCGGGCUGCUCAUACAGCGUGCCAAAAUGGCGUCUGUUGUCACACUAAUUAUUGAACCAAAUCGCCUAAAUUCGUCCAUAGGAAAUACGCAUCUCUAGUUAACAUUGAUGUCGGGACUCACUGCAAAUUGCCAAGCAAAAAAACUGCCAAAACCAUGAAAAAAAUAUUCAAAAAAAAUUAUUUCCGACCUACCGACCCUAAUUUUUUCACGAUAUGAAACCGGAACCACAGGUUUUUUUUUACGCCCUACGUUUACACGCUGCGAUUAAUCAUGUAUUCGUAAGCUGACUACAUUUGAGAUUUCUUUUCAAGGAAACUGCAAUAAAUUAUGGCGUCAGCACUCAUUUUAAUACGCCACAAUACGAAUCGUACACGACAAAUCGCAGCGUGUAAACGUAGUUUUUAUGUACUAUUUACGACAUGAGCGGCCGUGUUGUCUCGGUUAUGUUUAUCUGUUUCUCUCAGUUUUAGGGGCUGUUUACAUGAGCCCUAAUUUUCACCGCUUGUUUACAUGAGAAAAAUCAGCCCUACUGGUGGGAUAGCUUUCUUUCGCAAGUAGCACUUAAAUGGCUGCCGUGCGACUCAUUAUUUUUAUUUUGGCGGCCAAAAUCAUAGUUUGCCGACUAAAUUUUGGAAUAAAAGCCAACAGACAUUUGAAUGUCCAUUUAGAACUACGUCCUUAAAACAAAAAAAGCUUCAAUGAGUUUCGAUUCGAUGGCUUUUUCACUUCAGCUCUACUAGGAGGGCCAGCCCUCUCUACUGCGUUUAUAUGAGAAAAUUCUCAUGUAAACGUAAACAAUUUUUAAUAAGGAUUUCAAAUAGCACGCGGGAUCUCGCCUAGUAGGGCCAGCCCUCCCUGUAGGGCUCAUGUAAACAGCCCCUUAGAGGCUCGUUAUCUAUAAUGACCAAAUCUUACUGGUCCAGUCAUACUACAGGAGGAAACCUAAACAAAACUUACCAUAUUGCUUUAUAUUGUGUUUAGUGGCUCAGCCAAUCAAAUCGUCAAAGUGAUCAAAGUAAAAGAAAAGGACUCGGACUGCAUUAGCACGAUCCGACAUCAUGAUGGAUUUAUGGGUCAAAGAAUUGGACCUGUUAACGCUAUGAGUUUUCAUCCGCACAGAGUUAGUCCUUGUUUUACAUUACACCCGUUUUCAAAAUUACGCGACCUCCCUGAAAAAUACUCCUACUUCAAAUGUCAGUUUUAUGUCACAAGAACUGCUAAAAAUAGCAAACGUAAACAAACUGUCUAAAGACAUUUUAAACCGUAUUUAAUACCAAAACUGAACAAUAAUGAGUCAGAUAACUUAGAUAUACAAACUAAAGCACAAUACAAACCAUCACAACAUAAAUAUGUGCCGUGAAUGACUUUUAAAGUUUGAAAAAUAACAAUUUAUCCUGGAAUAUAGCUGUCAGUAUAAAACACGCGCGCUAGACUAUAACGGUGAUGUUAUGAUUUUGUCGUGCUUAAAUUUUACAAUAGUUCUCACUAAAAUAUCUUGAAAAUCAUUGUAAGUCUGUUUUUAUAAAGCAUACAAAGCAUAUACAUCGAAAAGGAACCGCAAAACUCAAAGUUUGAACUUCGUGAUCGAAUGACAUAAAACUGACAUGUCAACUCUAGCAUUUUCGUCUUUGGUCGCGUAAUUUUGAAAACGGGUGUAAAUCUGUUGCAUGUGUACAUACUGUAUGUAUACAAAAAGAAACAAAUUCUGAAAAAUAAGGUCAUCUUGAAAUUCAAGAUAUGAAUUAAAACAAGACGAGUUUUGUUUUAAUUCAUAUCUUGAAUUUCAAGAUGACCUUAUUUUUCAGAAUUUGUUUCUUUUUGUAUUUUCUUAAAUUGUCGGCUGGCCGUGGUUUUUGACGAUACUGUAUGUAUGUCAUGUAUCUAUAAUGUGUUUGUAUGUAUAUGUAUAUAUCUGUGUAUAAUACUUGUGUAGGUGAUUUGUGUAUGUUACUUUUGUGUAUUUAAAACUUAUUGAGAUUUGUCUUUUGCACGCAUGAAUUAUUUAUUAUUGUCAGAGCUGUAGUAUUAAUUUCAUAUGAGCUUCGGUCUUAUUAGAAUGUAAAAGAUAGUCCAGAUUUUAUAAGCGUUUUGGUUUCUUUUGGGCUUCCUUGCUUUUUAUUCCAUAUAUAUUUUCUAUAUUCAUUGUUAUUUUUCUGUGGCAAAAAUAUAUUUGAUUUGAUUUGAUUUGACAUUAAAUUCAGGGUCCCCACGGUCCUUGAAAAUCCUAGAAAGUCCUUGAAUUUGUUAAAAAAAAUCCAGGCCUGGAAAGUCCUUGGAAACUGAUAAGGUCCUUGAAAGUCCUGGAAUUUUGUUUCAGUAUGUUGGAAAUAAUUGAAGAAUUAUUACCAGCCCAAGGAUUAUUGCCCAAAUGUUUAUUUUCUCCAAUUUCAUUUUCUCCGAUGUCAUUUUUUUUUCUAAUUGCAUUCCUCUCCUUAAGUUUAAGGAUAAAAGUUAGAUGAUUUUCAAAGAUUUUUCCAGUUGCCAGGUCCUUGAAUAUACUGAAAAAGGUCCUUGAAAGUCCUGGAAAAGUCCUUGAAUUUCAUCUUCACUAAAAAGUGGGGACCCUGUAAAUUGGAAAAGAAGUUAUAUUUCAUAAUUCAACACUGAGCAACUCUCGUAUUCUUUUCUUUAGCUGCACUUGGCGGUCGGCUGCGCUGACUCGAUAAUUUCUAUUUAUUCAACGGAGAAAAAGAGAUGACAUGUUGUACGUUUUUGGUGGAAUGAGGAAUACUGAAGUAGUGAAGAAACUGUUGUCCAGAUCCAGGUGAAUUUGAGGUGAUUUGAAAUUACACAUAUAUUUAAUAACAGUCUCAGGCCUUGAAUUUUUCCAAGGAGAGUGUUUGCAGCGAUUCGUAUAGCCACUUCAGUUGGAAUAUUUUGCAAAAAGAAUUUUCCAAUAUUAAUUGUAAAUGGUUCAUGCAGAUCGAUGCGGACAAACAGAUGCUGUUUUUGGAAUUCAUUUUCUCAGACGAGAAAAUGCACUCGUAUACAGCUAUUUCAAUUAAGGUUGUCCACGAGCAAAGCGGAAAAGUCGAAUACGAGCGCGAAAGGCUGCUGGGAAUCGCUAACAAAUUAAUGCAUUUUUAAAGCGAUUCCCAGCAGCCUUUCGUGCUCGUAUUCGACUUUUCCACUUUGCUCGUGGACAACCUUAAUUGAAAUAGCUGUAGUCUAUCAUGAUAUAUGAUGGUCUGAAAACUAAACAGAAGUCAUUGUAUUAUGUUUUUGUCGGAGUUUAUGUUAAUUUGUGCACAGUCACGGUGAUUAAGCUCAUUGAAUUUUCGUAUAAUCACAGGGGGCAGAAAAGUACGAUUGUGUUUUAUAAAUACCUUGUCAUCAACCAAUAUCCCAUAUUUAUAUUACAACAAUCCGCCGACAUAGUCAUAAAAGGAUCAAAAUUAGCUGAUUUUUAUUUUUUCGAUAAUAUCAUGCCUUCUACUUCAUGUAAUUCAAACAUAUUGCAUUGCAACGAUAAUUUCCGAACAUCUUACGAAAGGAUGCCGAGGGUGUUGUACGUGUAAGCAAAGUCAAUCGUUCUAGUAUGAGCCCACGCUACUAUGGUCAGUCCUUGUAAUACAAUGUUUGAAUUACAUGAAGUAGUAGGCAUGAUAUUAUCGAAAAUCAACAUAAUUUUCAUCGUGAUGAAACCUGGAUGAAACUAUGCGAUAUAUUGGUUGAUGACAAGGUAUUUUAAAUAAACACAAUCGUACUUUUCUGCCCCCUGUGUAUAAUGAAGUAAUAGUCCAAUAGGGAUAGCUAAGAUGAAACGUGCAACCACGAUGAAUAAUGUUUAGUCGAGACAAAGGAUUUGUGCACGGUUGAGGUACAGUUCGACAUCAACCAAAGAUCUUCUAUUUUGUAGCUUUGAAGUUUGCCUGGCUUCCAGGCCAUCAUAUCUAUGCUGCACUGCAAACGAUUUUGACUCCAAAACUUGCAUAAAAUAAUCCACCCACAGACGACAGUGAUUCAGAAUAUCAUUGAGUAAAAUUACUCAAAAAGUAAUUUAUUGCAGUACAUUAUUUAACUCAAGUUUUUUUUUAAGUCCAAAUCUCUUCGUAAGAGAAUGAUUUGCGUUAUUUGCCACUUUAUUCUGCUUCAUAGAAAAUUCAAGGUCUGAUUACGACGUAUGGGAUAUAGGUACAUAUAUAUGCGGUUUACCAUGAUCGCAGAAACUUGAAGUGCAUAUGACAUGAAAUUUUUUAUUUUCUUAAAUAAAAGAACUCAUUAAGCUGUAGUGUAACUUAUUUUUCAGUUUCUUGCUUUUAUGGUUUGUUCCCAAGAUAUUUCAAUUUGUUUGAUAUGUAAAUAGGUAUGAAUAUGUCCGCUAAUUUAUGACGUCACUUUGGUUGCAAGCUCUUUAAUUUGAUUGAAUAUCACUGCUAUCAUCCAAGAUGAUAAUUUCAAACUUCACUUACUGGUAAAUGUGAUGAAACACUGUAGAAAAACGUGAACUGAUAUCAACAGUUUGUAGAGUUAAUAGAUUUAUAAUCAGUGUAUGUUGAGCUUGCAACCAAAGUGACGUCGUAAAUUAGCGGACAUAUUCACACUCAUUUACAUAAUAAAACAAAUUGAAAUAUCUCAGGAACAAUCCAUAAAAACAAGAAACUGAAAAAUACACUACAGCUUAAAGAGUUCUUUCAUUCAAGAAAAUAAGAAAUUUCAUGUCAUAUGUACUUUAAAUGAACUUCCAGCGAGUAUAUAUAGCCGUUGGGAGUUGAGACCAUUGAACUAUAAAUAAACUGGAUGGCUAACUGCUAUGAUGAAGGCCUAUGAUUUGAUGAAGCCAAAAUAGUUUUUCUGAGUUAUGAAGCCUUCCUGUUUAUUUAUAGUUCAUGGUUGAGACAAGUUAAAUUAAAAUCUCGUAUCCCAGUGUAUUUUCCAUAUCAGAAAAUACCUGGGUCUUUUGGCACCAGAGCACGAGAGAAAAUAGUCUGCAGGGUACGAGGUUAUAUAUUCAGCAGCAGACACUGGGAGAGGGGGGGGUGAGAGAGGUCUUUGAAGUAAAAGUUAGAUACCGAGAAGCCACUAGCUUUUUCUCCACAUACAAAUGUCGGCUGUAAUACAAGGUUCGAGAUAUUUAACUCUUAUAUGCACCAAACAAUGCGACCGCUUGUGACUUCAUGGUCGUUCUAAGAUGACCUUUGAUACAAGCUUGCCUUUUAGUCCAGUCAAUCUGUGACCAGAGGUCAAAGAAAUUGCAAUAGAAUUUUUUUCAGUGGUAAAAUGUGAGAGAAGGUGUCCUGAUUAACAAACUAAAAAUCCCAAAAAAUCCCUUCGGUGGAACAUGGUGAAAAUCGAGUUUUUCUUACUUCUACCUAUAGAAAACCAUUGUGGACAGAAUGUUCAAAUUUUCAAAUUUUUAGGCGAAUGUAACCUACAUUAUUGGAAAGCUUAGAAAAACCUGAAAUAUAGAUCAUUAAACGGUUAUAUUCAAUUUACUGGUCAGUUUGUCGUUAUUCUAACUCAAAGUUGGAAAAAGAGUGCAAAAUUUGCACAAAAUACCAAUUUAUGGCAUUUUAAAUCUUGUAUAACUUCGGCUGGUUAGGCAAAAGCAAGAUAACCGUUUAAUGAUUUAUAUUUUAGUUUUUUCUAAGCUUUCCAAUAAUGUAGAUUACAUUUGCCGAAAAAUGAUUUCAAAAUUUCAACAUUCUGUCCACAAUGGUUUUCUAUAGGUAGUAGUAAGAAAAACUCGAUUUUCACCAUGUUCCACCAAAGGGAUUUUUUUGGGAUUUUUAGUAUGUUAAUCAGAACAACUUUUCUCACACUUUACCACUGAAAACAAAUCUAUUGAAAUUACUUUGAUCAGGACCAUGUACUUAUAGUGAUUUGACUGGACUAUUUAUCAACAUUUCUUAAAUUUUAAUACAAUGCAUGGCUAACGCAUUUUUUAACGAAGUUUAUAAUGGAUAAUCAACAAUGAUUCUUGAUAUCAUCAAGUCAAUUUUACACUUGGAUUGUUUUCAAAGUCCUUACCAUGGAAACAGUUGGAAAUUAUAUUGAAAAUCCAAUUUUCCAAACAAAACAAUUGUUGGUUUCAGCUUUCGGACCGACAUGUUAAAAAUGUCUCGGAUCAUAAACAUUUGUAUGUACUAUUUAUUUUAUGUACGGCUAACCCAACGACCUAUCUGAUGAGUUCAUUGGUGAAGUCAAUUUAAAAAUCAAGAUAGUCUGGGGAAAUUUGUAAAAAGGUAGAUACAAAUUAAGGUAAUUCCGCAGUAAUUGUUCCCGAAAUGAGAAUGUGCUGAAACUUCCCAGGCAUGGAGUUUAUGAUAUGAUAAAGUAAAAUCACACAAAAAAAGUCGGGGUCACCGAACUCGUUAAGAAGAUAUGACAAUCACAAUAUACCACACCUUUACCCCCAAUAUGGCGCCAUCUUGACGCUAAUUACGAGUUUCAGCAAACUCACAACAGCCCGAUAUUUAUUGACGUUUUUAGCCCGGAUUUUGCAUUAGUAAACCUAUCCUGUAAUUAUUUUUGAAAAAAUAUUGUAUUUUGAGCAAAAUGAAACUACUAACGUGUACAAUUCUGAUCCACAAAUGUCUUUUGCACAUUUCUUUACAUAUCUUUGUUUGAGAACAUGCAUUGAUAAAGGAUUUUUUUUCAAGAUCCACAUAUGAUUUUUGUUUUAAUUUCGGAUAUGAAAUGUAAAAUGCAUUAAAGAAAUAAAUUAUCAGUUAAAAACGGGGGUCACCGAUCUUUUUAGGGAAUUGUGGCAUUAAAACAUGAAAUACAAGUAAAUAAAUAUAGUACAGACACAGGGAACACUUGCUACACUUUUGUAUGCCUUUUUUAAAAACAUUGAUUUUAACGUAAUUCUUUGCACUAAUGUAACCUAAGAUGUUUUGAAGUAACAUAAAAUGUUUUUUUUAAACGGUACGUAUAAUGGAUGCAAUUGUAAGUUAUAAGAUAUGCGCAAUAAAAGUGCGCAAUGCAAAACUGCGGAAUUACCUUAAGCUAGUCUGGGGAAAUUUGUAGUAUAUAGUUUCCAACUGUUGUCAUGUCCCGCAGUUGCACUUAACACACAAUUCGCCAGGACCUCUAUAAUAAAAAGGGUCCAUUAAAUUAUUUAAUCAACUAAAAAUGAUUUAUUUAUAAUCGGUACUUUUUCUAAUAUUUCUGUAAAUAUACCCUUAAUCCAACAUAUAUAUAUUCAUAUAAAUAAAUAUGCCAAAAUCCACAAAGUAACUUGGUACCAAAUAUCGCUUUGAAACAUACGGUAACAGACGGGUCAUCAUUUAUGGGGGGGGUGGUACGGAAGAGUUUUUCGUGCCAAAAAAUUUGCUGACCCAACCAGUAAAAAGUAAAAAAUUAUCAAUUAAACCUUUACUUUUCGUCCAUUUUAGCCGAUUUUUUCAAUUUUCGAAAAAGAGGCAAAAAACGGCAUGGACUUUUCGCCCAUUUUUAGCGUCUUUUCAUUUUUUCAAAAAUAGGUAAACAACGGCAAAAAAGUAAGGCUAUAGCCUUUACUUUUCGUCCAUUUUUAGCGUUUUUUAAUUUUUUAAAAAUGCGUUAAAAAACGGCAAAAGACUAAGGCUAUAGCCUUUACUUCUGGUCCAUUUUAGCCUCUUUUUCAAUUUUUGAAAAAGAGGGGAAAAAAUAGCAAAAAAGUAAGGCUAUAGCCCUAACUUUUCGUCCAUUUUUGGCAACUUUUUCCAUUUUUCAUAAAUGGACAAAAAACAG